GGGCUGGAGCUUCAACUGUUUGGCAAGGACGAUGGAGCUUCGUACCCUUCUGGCAGCCUUGCCGUGACAUCUGAACCUCAUCAACCCGGCGAACUAGACGACCACGAAAGAUACCCAACACGUGGAUUUCGAGGUUGAAUCACCCUCAUUAACUUUCGCAAUACCAUCUAAGUUCCAAAACCAUGGCGUCAGGAUACGACAGAGCACUUUCAGUCUUCAGUCCCGAUGGACAUGUCUUUCAAGUCGAAUAUGCCGGUGAAGCCGUCAAGCGAGGAACCUGCGCCGUUGGCGUAAAAGGUGCAGACAUCGUAGUGUUAGGCUGCGAGAAACGCUCGGCUAUGAAGCUGCAAGACACCCGCAUCACCCCUUCCAAGAUCGGCCUCAUCGAUACGCAUGUGUGCCUGGCCUUCGCCGGCCUGAACGCUGACGCCCGAAUACUCGUCGACAAGGCUCGUCUGGAGGCGCAAUCGCACCGCCUGACCGUCGAAGACCCCGUCUCCAUCGAGUACAUCACCAAAUACGUGGCCGGCGUGCAACAGCGAUACACGCAGAGUGGUGGUGUGCGGCCGUUUGGCAUCAGCACCAUGAUUGUGGGAUUCGACAAGAACAGCACCGUCCCCAGACUAUACCAGACUGAGCCCAGUGGUAUCUACUCUGCAUGGAAAGCAAACGCAAUCGGCCGAUCCAGCAAAACCGUCCGUGAGUUCCUGGAGCGCAACUACAAGGAGGACAUGGACCGCGAGGCGACAAUUCGGCUGGCCAUCAAGUCGCUGCUUGAGGUGGUGCAGACGGGCGCCAAGAACAUCGAGAUCGCCAUCAUGGCACCGGGCAAGACGCUCGAGAUGCUGCCGGUCGAGGAUAUCGAGGGCUACGUCAAGAACAUUGAACAGGAGAAGCAAGAGGAGGCCGCCAAGAAGAAGACGGGCCGCACGCCGGGAACAGGCAGCGCGGCUAUUCGGUCAAGGGAGGGCGGAAGUGAUUGAGGUGGCGCUUGGGAAGAUGGCACGGAGUGAAUGAGGAUACUACCUAGAGCCAGAGCCAUAGAUUGUCGAUGGACGCCACGAACUUGUACACUACUCAUGAGCAUUUGACGCGUC